AUGGUUCAAGCCGAAGAAAGAUAUACAUUUUUCAAAAUGUUCCGCAAUCGAAGGAACGUCAUUAACACCAAGAUGUAUGGCCGAAAACUAUACGUUGUUUUGCAGGACGUGUUCCAUCAGAAAAUGGUUGACACUUCGAUCCCCAUGGGGAAAGCGCAAGACGGUAACUUGGCAUUUAAUAUGAAGAAACCGAAAAUUAGUCUCUUUCAUUUUCAGUAUCCUGCCACAUCUAUUGCCGGUUUCUCAAACCCCUUAAGUAUCUCGAAAGGUAAAGUCAAGUUUAUCCCUUAUGCCUAUAGAAUUGCAUUCACCAAUGCAAACUACUAG